AUGGACAAGCAGGAAGAGCUCACUCAUCAGAAAACAUUUGGAAAUGACUAUGAUGAAGCUGAUGGAGGCAGUAUAUGUGGUUUAAGAAGGACAAGAGGAGUCAAAGUCACUGGAAAAUACAUUCUCCCAUUAGAAUGUGAAAAAAUGGCAAUCUUCCACCCUACAAACACUUCAGAUCAUUCUUAUCUGCAAAGAGCAACUAGUCAUGUAGAACCACCUGCAAGUACAUCCUUUCAAAACACAUCUAAUUUCCCUAACACACAAGAUCAAAAGGGGGGCGGAAAUGGAAGCUUCCCUAUAGAAAUCAGUGUGAAAGAGAAUAUAUUGAGGAAAACAGAAGUCCACAAAGAUGAUGAGGGUGGGAGAAGAAUGGUAGAAAGAAAGAUGGAGAUGCCUGAGGGAAUACAAACAUCAAGCAAAGGGAAUCAGCCUUUGGGAAUGGAGCCUGAGAGCAAAGAAGAAAAAUCUGGGGGUUCAGACGUAGCGAGCAGAGAAGAUAAAUCUGGAGUGACACAGACAGCAAGUAAUGAGGUCAAAUGUGGGGGAACAGAAGAUGAAGAGGAGGAUGCAACAGAGAAAGAGAAUAAAGGUAAUUUAACAACCCAGGAAAAAAGCACCGAAGCAUCUUUCAUGCUGGGGUCUGGAGUUUCCAAACAAACAUUGCAAGAGCUGAAAAACCUACUCAGAAACAAUCCUCUGCAUGGUAACAGGGCCAAAUACACUGGCAACUCCAGCAGAACUUCUUCCCAUAUACGUCUGCCAAAACCCAAUGAAAAAGCAGUUGACAAACAGGGUAGAUCCUUUGAGUCUCUUUUUCUUCAUUUUGGAGGGGAAAAUCGAAAGCUCCACUGUAUAGACAAUUAUGUAGCAGGGCUGCCAAACCUCUUGUUUCACAGCUCUGCUGGCUCUGAUCAGCAACAAUCAGAAGGCAGCAACAUGGAGCAUCCCAGUAGGAGACAACCACCAGCUUAUAAAGACACAGGCAGCACUCCAGGAAUUAAAUUCGAUCCUUCUCCAGACCAGACUGAUCACAGCAGAGAGCCUGACGUAAACAACCCUGGAAGUCAAUCUUCCCUUGGUCUGAUCUCGCUUAUUGAACACAUUAAACAACAGAUGGCCAAAGAAAAUAUUCAGUUUGUCAGAUUUGAAGCAACUGACCUGCAUGGAGUGUCAAGAUCCAAGAGCAUUCCUUCUCGUUUUUUUCACGAAAAAGCAAUCUAUGGUGUGUCCAUGCCCAGAGGAUACCUUGAACUGACCCUGAAUCCUAAGGACAGUGAAGUGGACCACAUAAGUGCAACCAAUUUUAAUUGUGACAUACUCCUGAGCCCUGAUUUAUCAACAUUUAGAGUUCUACCAUGGACUGAACAAACUGCUAGAGUGAUAUGCGAUUCCUUCACUGUACUGGGAACCCCUCUAUUGACCUCACCCAGGCACAUUGCCAGACAACAGCUGAGCCAACUUCAGGACAAUGGCUUGUCUUUGCGCUCUGCCUUCACCUAUGAAUUUUGUAUUUACGGCAUUGCUGAGAUUGUAAAUUCAAAGACGAUAUCUUUUCCUGCAGCAAGCAUACUCAAUAGCUAUAACCAGCUUUUCAUUCAAGAACUCAUUGAAGGAAUGUAUCUCACUGGUGCCAACAUCGAGAGCUUCUCUUCUUCCACUUGGCCUGGACAGAUGGAGAUCUCUUUUCAUCCAGAGUUUGGCAUAGGUGCUGCUGACACUGCCUUCACCUUCAAAACAGGCAUUAAAGAAGUAGCAAAAAAGUACAACUACAUUGCAAGUUUUUUCACAGAGAAUGGAUUCUACAAUUCGGGGAUUCUGUCACAUAGUCUGUGGGAUUUCAAUGGCCAAAAGAAUUUGUUUUCUGUUGAUUGGGGGGUUCAGGCGCUCACCGAUGUUGGAAAGAAUUGGCUAGCAGGGCUCUUGGUACAUUCCGAAGCUCUCAGCUGCCUGAUGGCUCCUACGGUCAGCUGCCGUAAACGCUAUUCCAAAUAUAGUAAGGAAUCAAAAGAAUUUGUGACAGCAAAAUGGGCAUUUAAUGAUAAUAGCUGUGCCUUUAACAUUAAGUGUCAUGGUGGAAAAGGCACUCAGAUAGAUAACAGGCUAGGUUCAGCUACAGCAAACCCCUACCUGGUACUUGCUGCUACUAUUGCUGCAGGCCUGGAUGGAGUAAAGAGAAAACUUAGCUUCCAGGAUGUGUCAGAAGAGAACCAGAAGACUGCUCAGUUGAAACCUGCAGCAAUCCCUUUGAAACUAGAAGAUGCUCUUGCUGCACUUGAGGGAGAUUUGUGCCUCAGGGAAGCACUGGGUGAUACCUUUAUUCGAUACUUUGUUGCCAUGAAACAUUAUGAGUUGGAAACUGAAGAAGCGGAAGCUGAACGGAAAAAAUUUUUGGAAUAUUUUAUUUAG